AUGUCUAACGCAAACCACCACCACCAACAGCAAAAGAUGUACACAGGUGGUCGAAACAUGCCACAUGGCAUGCAUCGGCCCGGCAGCAUUCCAAUAGGCCAGCGAAUUGGGAAAUACCAGGUGAUUAAAACGCUGGGUGAGGGAUCUUUUGGCAAGGUAAAGCUGGCACAUCAUGUGAGCACAGGGCAGAAGGUGGCGCUCAAGAUCAUCAACAAGAAGGUACUGGCUAAGAGCGACAUGCAGGGCCGUAUUGAGCGCGAGAUAUCGUACCUGCGGCUGCUCCGGCACCCCCAUAUUAUCAAGCUGUACGAUGUGAUUAAGUCCAAGGACGAGAUCAUCAUGGUGAUCGAGUACGCUGGAAACGAGCUGUUUGAUUAUAUUGUGCAGCGAGACAAGAUGUCGGAGAACGAGGCUCGGCGGUUUUUCCAGCAGAUAAUAAGCGCAGUGGAGUACUGCCAUCGGCACAAGAUUGUACACCGGGACCUUAAGCCCGAAAAUCUGUUGCUAGAUGAGCACCUGAACGUUAAGAUCGCAGACUUCGGGCUGUCCAACAUUAUGACAGACGGUAACUUUCUAAAAACUUCGUGCGGCUCGCCAAACUACGCAGCACCCGAGGUCAUCAGUGGUAAGCUGUAUGCAGGGCCCGAAGUGGACGUGUGGUCCUCUGGUGUCAUUCUCUACGUGAUGCUCUGCCGACGGCUACCGUUUGACGAUGAGAGUAUACCUGUCCUGUUCAAGAAUAUCAGCAAUGGCGUUUAUAGUAUCCCGAAAUUCCUUUCCCAGGGGGCUGCAAACCUAAUCAAGCGGAUGCUCAUAGUGAAUCCGCUGAACCGAAUAACUAUCCACGAAAUAAUGGAGGAUGAAUGGUUCAAGGUGGACCUGCCAGAUUAUUUAGUACCCGUGGAUAUGAAGGCAGACGCAACUAGCAAGCCCGGCACCGAUGAUGAGCGUAUCGACGAGGCACUAGUUGCAGUGCUGGCGAAUACGAUGAGUUACGAUAAGGACGAAAUUUACGAAGCCCUUGAGGACCCAAACCAAACUGACCCGACGGUGCUAGAGAUUCGUGACGCCUAUCUCUUACUAAAAGAGAACAAGUCCCUAAUUGAUGGCCUGAGGUCCAACAAACAAAAGCUUGACCAGUUGGAUACAUUUCUAUCUCAAUCACCUCCAACUUUUGAAUCACAUAGCCAGCUGGGUCCUGGUAGCGGUUUCCAGGCUGCUCUUGGAGGAAGCCAACAUGGAGACCAGAACCCGCAUCAGGUGAAACGUCUCGCAUCGCGGCAGCGCACCUACCAACUCUCAUUUUCGGAACAGCAGGAUGAGGACAGCACUAUAGCCAUUCUGCCUAGCUCCCUGCCUCAGAUACACCGUGCCAACAUGGUGGCACAGGGCUCGCCUGCGGCGGUCAAAAUUUCUCCUCUCAGUAACAAAAAGUCCAAGACGAGGUGGCAUUUCGGCAUACGAUCCCGGUCGUACCCCCUCGACGUCAUGGGCGAGAUCUAUCUCGCCCUCAAGAAUCUCGGCGCCGAGUGGGCCAAGCCCUCGGAAGAGGAUCUCUGGACUAUUCGCGUCCGCUGGAAGUAUGAUGUUGGCACCCAGCAGAAUGAGCGCAUCCCGGACCUCAUGCGCAUGGUGAUCCAACUGUUCCAAAUAGAGACCAACAACUACCUCGUCGAUUUCAAGUUUGAUGGCUGGGAAUCGAGCUCCGGUAACCCCAUCAGCUCGUCUUCUACGGACGACGAAAUGAGCACCUUCUCAGCCUACCCAUUCCUUCAUCUCACCACGAGACUGAUCAUGGAGCUCGCUGUCAACAGCCAGAGUAGCUGA